AUGGCACAUUUUAAAAUGAAACUUUUACAGCAUUUGUUGUUUUUCGUUUUAUUUCUUCGACUCACAACUGUUUUUAGUUUUAGUGAGCUGUCCUUCAUCACAGAGCCCAGCGAUGUCACCGUGAUACCAAAGGAUCCUGUGGUUUUAGACUGCCAGGCCCAUGGACACCCUCCAGUCACUAUCAAGUGGCUAAAGAAUGGGCUCAAAGUGCUAGAGAGUGAACACAUCCAGUUUCUCUCCAACGGCUCGCUGUACAUCCCAGAGGUGAAGAGUGACAGAGAAGACUCUGACGAAGGCUUCUAUCAAUGCCUUUCUCAAAACAAAUAUGGAGCCAUCUUGAGCCAAAGAUCUUGUCUGACUAUCAUAAACAUCUCACCCUUUGUGGUGCAGCCUGUACCUGUUAUGGUGACUGCAGGCUCAGAGGCCAGAUUCUCCUGCCAGGUCACCUCCAACCCUCCUGCUUCUAUCACCUGGGAGCUCAACCAAAGCAUCUUACCCCUGGAGACAGACAGAAUCACUGUUCUGCCCAAUGGUGUUCUUCAAAUCUACAACGUCCAAAUGGAGGAUGCUGGACAAUAUCGAUGCGUGGUCACAAACAUCGGCAGUCAAAUAAGGAGCAGAGAGGCAACACUGACCGUCAGCUUGGGCACAGGCCCCAAACCUCGACAGAGGCCCAGGAUAAUUGCCGGACCUCAAAAUGUCACGGCGCCCCUUCACCAAACAGUGGUGUUGGAGUGCAUGGCCACAGGCAACCCCAGACCCGUUCUCUCCUGGAGCAGGGCUGACACGAGGCCCAUAGAUGUGUACAACGCAAGGGUGCUCGGCAGUGGAAACCUGGUUCUUGCAGAUGUCAAGCCCCAGCACAGCGGAGUCUACCUGUGUAGGGCCACCACACCCGGAACACGGAACUACACUAUCGCUGUGGCCAACCUCACCGUACUGGUGCCUCCGUCCAUAGUAGAGAAGCCAGAGAGCCAGACGCGCCCUCGAGCUGGCACUGCCCGCUUCAUGUGCCAGGCUGAAGGGGUUCCUUCGCCCUCAAUCACCUGGCUGAAGAAUGGAGAGAAGGUGCGCUUGAAUGGCCGGAUCAAGAUGUAUAACAGCAAACUGGUCAUUACUCAGAUCAUCCCUGAGGACGAUGCCAUAUACCAGUGCCUGGCAGAGAAUGAGCAGGGCUCCAUGCUGUCCCUGGCACGCCUCAUCGUGGUGAUGUCAGAGGACAGGCCCAGUGCACCCAGAAACGUCCACGCAGAGACCAUCUCCAGCUCCGCCAUCUUGCUAGCCUGGGAGAGGCCGCUCUACAACACUGACAAAGUCAUCGCCUACUCCGUUCAUUACAUGAAAGCUGAAGGUCUAAACAACGAAGAAUACCAAGCUGUAAUUGGGAACGACACCACAAGCUACAUCAUCGACGACCUGGAGUCAGCUAGGAACUAUACUUUUUACAUUGUGGCCUACAUGCCUAUGGGAGCUAGCCGCAUGUCUGACCAAGUCAGUCAACACACCCUGGAAGAUGUGCCCCUGCGUACUCCAGAGCUCAGUCUGACCAGCAACAGUCCUACCGACAUCCAAGUGAGCUGGCAGCCGCUCGCCGCCAAGCUGAGCCGCGGCCGGGUGUCUGCCUACCGCCUGUCGUACCGCACAGCCACAGACAGCACGGUGAGCAGCGUGGAGCUGCCUCAGAACAGCACCCAGCACCUCCUGGAGGCCCUCCAGCCUGACACCAUCUACCUGCUCCGCAUGGCCGCCGCCACCCGCGUGGGCUGGUGCGAGCCCUCGGCCUGGACCUCCCACCGCACGCCCAGGACGUCCAGCACCAAAGUGCCCCUGGCCCCACUGGUGCAGCUGGAGCCUGUCAACUGUACCUCCAUCACAGUGCGGUGGCAGCCGACUCUGGGAACUGUGGUUGUUCAUGGUUACCGCCUCUGUUACCACGAGGAAGGCCAGCCAGAGCAGCCCGCCAUCCAGAUCCCUCCACAGCACUCUCACUACACCAUCAGUGGACUCGAUCCAAGGCGGAAGUACCAUGUCAAACUACUGGCUUUCAGCCUACUGGGAGACGGCUAUCAGGCCGACCAGACUGUCAGCACUCCAGGAUGUGUGUCGGUUCGAGACCACCUGGUAGCUUCUCCUCCUCCCCCUGACCACGUGAACGCCCGGGCAAACAGCUCCUCUGCAGUGGUCCUGCGUUGGAGCCGUCCUGCCUUCACCUCAGGGAAGACCGUCAGCUACACCGCUCGCUGCACUCCAGUCGGGACACACAACUCCUCCGACAUACGUUACCUGCAAACUAUCAACCAGAGUGUGAUUGUGAACGAUCUAGAACCCAACACCCGUUAUGAGUUUGUAGUUCGUCUCCAUGUGGACCAGCUGUCCAGUCCCUGGAGUUCUGUGGUCUACCAGCGGACUCUUCCAUCAGCACCCAGCCAGCCGCCCGCGGGCGUGAAAGUGACCCUGAUCGAGGAGGACACAGCGCUGGUGUCGUGGAGAGAGCCGGAGGAACACAACGUAGCGGUGACACAUUACACCAUCCUCUACGCCUCCCAGAGGGCCUGGCUGGCCGGACACUGGCAGGUCCUGCAGAGAGAGGGGAGCAACACCAUGGCUCUGCUGGAGAAACUGGAGCGAGGCAACAUCUACCUGGUGAAGAUCUCUGCCUCCAACCAGGUUGGGGAGGGCCCCUUCUCCAGCAUAGUGGAGCUGGCCCUGCAGCCUGGCAGCACCCACCGGGGCAAGAGCCCCCGCCACUCUGACGGACGCUCCGAGACGACCGUGUUCUCUGAUGGUCUCUACCACAUAGACCAGAGGUCAAUGACAGGGAUAAUCGUGGGUGUGUGCAUCGCCUUGGCUUGCAUCGUCAUGUGUGCCUUAAUUCUCAUCAGUAAAGGCAGAUCUAGGAAAUCGUCAAACUCUAAGAUUAUUGGUGUGGUGAACGGACAGGGCCCUCAUGCUGGUUUGCCCCAGGCCACUGAGCAUGCUCAGAAUGCAGAUUCCCUUGAGCCGACGAUGAGAAGUCCGUUCAUAGAUACCAAGGGUGGUACCAACCUGGUGAUAAGCACUGCUGGACCUGUUGGCAGUAGAAGAAAGAGAUGGCAGUUCUUUAAAAAGGAAAAACGCAAUACAACAAUAUGCAAUAUUGAGGACAGGGCCUGUCUGUAUGAGGCAGGGAAGACUGUACUGAGGUAUGAGAAGAGGUUGGGCUCCACACCCCUCCAGCCCUCCUCCCUGCAGAUCCUCUACGGCCCCCUAGGGGACUCGGAGAGCUCUCAGACCAGCGAGGGGAGCCACGAGACCGGGGACUCUGGACACUACUCCAACGAAGAGGCCGAGACGAGCAACCCAUCCACCAGCCGAAGCUCCAGGCCUUCGUCCUUCGGGUCUGACGACAGCCCUGCUCCGGAGGAAGGGGACGCCUGCUUCACAGUGGAGAGGGAGGAGCUUCGGAGCCACCUCCGCAGGGGUGUGCCUGACACUGUGAGCGUCUGUCUUCACGGCUCCCUCACAGCUGUGGAGACGUCUCAUCCUGGCCUCUACGCCUCCCAGCCCGCGUACUCCUGA